CUCUUUAUCACUGACAGAAAUAGCUUUCGUUUUACUGGUCAACUUUUGAAAUUGUUCAGUAGCUUUUAGUUCUUUUAUAAUAAAGGUACAGGUAGAGCUUAGUACACACUAACAAAAAUGUCGAGAUUCUUUUUGAUCUCACUGCAAAUUGUCAUUGCUAUUGGCGUAGUGCUGGCAAAGGGUAUUCCAUCUGCAUCUGAAAAUGGACUAACAUACAUUGGAACAUUCAGAUCGAGAUCGAGCGAAGGUACGCAGUCGUUCGACGAAAGCAACUAUUACAUCAGUCAGAAUGCGGGAGCCUGGAAUAGCGCACAAGCUGAUUGCAAGGCACUACUCGGCGAUAGUGCUACAAUAGUUGCUAUUGAAUCGCAAGAAGAAUGGGAAUUUUUAAAGGAGAUUCUGGAAAAUUAUGGAUUCGCCACUGACUAUUGGACCAGUGGACUCUACGAUCCACCAAACAGUCGUUGGCGUUGGGCCGCCAAUAAUGUGCAAUUGCCACCGUUUGCACCGUGGGGAACAGGUUAUCCAAGCACCCCGAAUACACUGUUACGUGUGUUGAUUUAUUAUGGCAAUCGUUACGACACUUAUUGGAAAACGGUUUCGAAUACGCAGCUCCAUCGGUACAUAUGCGAGGUACAAGUGCCAACAAUAGCCAUUCCCUGCUAUCAAAUCAAUGACCUAGCAAUUGUGCUCGACUCAUCGGGAAGCAUUGGCAGCGCUAAUUUUGAAAAAGCAAAGCAAUUCGUAGAACGACUGGCCAACGCCUUUGUCCAGUACGAUCCGAGUCGCCUUUCGUUCAUAACGUAUUCGGAUCGUGCAACAGUGCGCAUCGACUUGACGAACAAUCUAACACCAGCAGCAAUUAGUUCUUCGAUUCUGGCAACUCCAUGGGAAGCUGGCAAUACGGCAACGGAUCUAGCUAUUAACUUGGCAACGUCGCAGCUAACAUCGAAUCUACGAGGCGUGCCCAUGAAUAUGGUCGUUUUGACGGACGGUGCGUCUACGUAUCCCGCGUUGACCGUUACUGCGGCACAAGCGGCCAUUAGUGCGGGAAUUCGGACAUUUUCUGUCGGUAUUACACAAGGCGUAAAUCUACAGGAACUACUUGUGAUAGCUGGAAAUGAUGCAAACCGAGUGUUCACAACAGAUAAUUUUGACCUAUUGAUUAAUUUGUUAGCGCCACUUAGUUUGAAAGUAUGCCCAUCAUAAAAUCGUAUGAAAAAUUUGAAAUACAAAUGGUGCCAGAACACUUGAUCGUUUAUAAACUAAGA